AUGGCCGCAGCCGCGGCGGGUGGAGCGCCGGGCACGUCCCCCGGCCCCGCCGCCAGGGCAGCGCCACAGGCGCUGCGGAGGCGCGGGGAUUCGCGGCGCCGCCAGGCCGCGCUCUUCUUCCUCAACAACAUCUCCCUGGACGGGCGGCCCCCGAGCCUGGGCCCCGGGGGCGAAAAGCCCCCGCCGCCGCCGCCACCGCCCACCGAGACGCGCGAGCCUCCGGCGCCGCCGCCUCCUCCGCCGCCGCCGCCGCCCGCGCCCCCCGCCGGCCUGCCCCUGCCCGGACCCGGAGGCAGAACCUCAGCGCCCCAGAGCCUGCUCAGCCCCGCUCCCGCGCCCACCAGCUUGGGCCUCGGCCUCGGCCUGGGCCUGGACGGGCAGCGCCAAAGAAGGCGCGUGGCAUCCCAACGCUGCUCCCUCGAGUUUCUGGAAGACACAGUGGGAUGUCCCUCAGGUCAAAGAACCAAACACAUAUCCGGAUCGCCAAGACACAAAGGCCUGAAGAAGACACAUUUCAUCAAGAACAUGCGGCAGUACGACACCAGGAACAGCAGGAUUGUGCUGAUCUGCGCCAGACGGUCUCUGUGCGCGGCCUUCUCAGUCCUGCCGUAUGGAGAAGGCCUGCGAGUCAGUGACCUGAGAGUGGACAGCCAGAAGCAGAGGCACCCAUCUGGCGGCGUUUCUGUGUCUUCCGAGAUGGUCUUCCAGUUGGAAGGCGUUGAGCUGGGGGCAGAUGGAAAGGUUGUUUCUUACGCCAAGUUCCUGUACCCCACCAACGCCCUGGUCACGCUCAAGCCAGACAGCCACGGCCCAACGCCUCAGCCCCGCCCCAGUGUGCCCCGCACUCUGCUGGGGUCCCGAUGCAAACCCAUCCCACCCAGGGCAGCGCCAGCCAGCUCGGAGCUAGGGGCCGAUGUGGGGGAUGCCCUGGAGUACAACCCCAACCUGCUGGAUGACCCUCAGUGGCCCUGCGGCAAGCACAAGCGUGUGCUCAUCUUCGCGUCCUACAUGACCACGGUGAUUGAGUACGUGAAGCCCUCCGACCUCAAGAAGGACAUGAACGAGACCUUCCGGGAGAAAUUCCCCCACAUCAGGCUGACACUGAGCAAGAUCAGGAGUUUGAAACGAGAGAUGCGGAACCUGUCCGAGGAGUGUGGCUUGGAGCCCGUGACCGUGUCCAUGGCCUAUGUGUACUUCGAGAAGCUGGUGUUGCAGGGUAAGCUCAACAAGCAGAACCGCAAGCUAUGCGCCGGCGCCUGCGUGCUGCUGGCCGCCAAGAUCAGCAGCGACCUACGCAAGAGCGACGUGAAGCAGCUCAUCGACAAGUUGGAAGAAAGGUUUCGGUUCAACCGACGGGAUCUCAUCGGCUUUGAGUUCACGGUGCUCGUGGCCUUGGAGCUCGCUCUCUACCUUCCUGAGAACCAGGUGUUACCUCAUUACAGACGCCUCACGCAGCAGUUCUAG